GACCAUAGGCGGGAAUUAAUUGUGAUAUCCGGGACGAGUCAAGUUUUUGGCGCCGUUUCAGGGAACAACGGUCUAUUAUCUUGAAAAAGUUGUUUGGUGUUAAUCUAGCUUUUAAUUUCCAAGUUUGAAAGUGUGUGUGCUUUGAUUGUGCUAGACUUGGUGUUGUUUUCUAAGUGUGUGUAGGGAGGUGCAUGGCUCGUAGAAAUCCGACACCUUUGAUACCACGUGACGAGGACAUAAAGCGAACUCUCCGACUCCUAGCACGGGACAGGGAGCUAGCGAAGGCAAGGAGGAGAAGUGAAGAAAGGGGACAACAGUUUGGUCCUGGUGCUGGUUGAGUAGAAGUUGAAUAAGUGGAAGGUGAACCCGACAAUGGAGUAGAAAUGGCGGGGAAUUAAAGAGAAGCAGGAGCCGCCCAAGCUCAUAACCUAAACGAUGUGGUGGCGGAAGAGGAAGUCUCGAGGACAAUGGGAUACUAUAUGGCCCCACGGCUGGCAGACAUUCAAUCGCCAAUCCUACACCCUCCCGUGGCGGCCAACUAUUUCAAGAUCAAGCCGGCUCUCGUGACCAUUAUACAAAACAAUGCUUUGUUCCAUGGUCUUCCGAGCGAGUCAUCAAGAGAGCAUGUGCAGAGAUUCCUCGAGCUCGCGGGGAGCUUUAAAAUCAAUGGCAUGUCGGCUGAAGCUUUGCAACUGAGGCUUUUCCCCUAUUCACUUGCAGGGAAAGAAAUCCAGUGGCUAAACAACCGCCCGCCUCGUUCAAUCACCUCAUGGGACGAUCUUCUCAACAAAUUCAUGACCCGCUACUGCCCGCCUUCGAAGACGGCUGAGUGGAGGAAGAACAUCACCUAUUUCGAGCAAGAAGAAGACGAGACCUUGAGGGAUGCUUGGGAGGGAUUCUACAAUUACUUUCUUCAAUGCCCUCACCAUGAGUUCGAGGAGCAGUUUCAGAUUGAAAAUUUCUAUGGUGGACUAAUCCAAGAAGACAAAAAUCUCAUUGAAUCUCUGUGUCAAGGGAAAUUGAUGAAUAUGACUCCACCGCAAGUGACCGAAUUGCUCGAAGACAUGGCCCUCAAGGGGUACAAUUGGGGUUUGACGAGAAGCGGGAAAAGAAGUAAUGAUAGAGGAGUGAGAAGUGUGGGAGCAAGCGCUCCACUUAUGGCUCAAAUGCCGAGGUAUGAAAAGUACCUCAAAGGAUUCCUCACCAAGAAACCAAAGUUUGAAGGCCUCGCCAACGUGACUCUUGGCGAGGAGUGUUCGACUUUCAUCCUUAACCACUUUCCCAAAAAGCGGUCCGACCUAGGUAGCUUUACUAUCCCUCUUGGUAUUGGUAACCAUCAUAUAGAAAGUGCCUUGGCAGAUCUAGGAGCUAGUGUUAAUGUGAUUCCCUAUAAGCUUUUCAAAAAGUUAGAAGUAGGUGAACUUAAGACCACUAAGCUUAGCAUCACUUUAGCCAACCGUUCGGUCAUUAGCCCGAGAGGCAUUGUGGAGGACAUGUUGGUGCGAGUAGGAAAGUUUUGCUAUCCGACUGAUUUCUUGAUUCUCGACAUAAGUGAGGACUCAGAUAUGCAACUCAUACUCGGUCGCCCCUUCCUCCCCACUGCCAAGGCAUUAAUAGAUGUUAAUGAGGGGACCUUAAUUCUGAGGGAUGGUGAACAGAGAAUCACUCUUGAAACUGACCCUAAGGCUAGAAGUGAGGAAAUGAAGGAAUUGGUUUCAAAUGAUGUGAAUGUGAGUGGAGGAGAGCCUCUCAAGGCGAACCCCACUAUUACUUGUAUCGCUUGUGGUGAUGUUGAGCAGGAACUCAAGGAGGGUACAAUGCCCAAGGAAAAGAAAAAGAAUGCUUGGAGGCAAAAUAUGAAACAAGCUUUGGCCCGAAUGAAGGAGAAGGCCAAAGCUAAGUUGGCCGGCCAAGAGGGGCACCUAAUGGAGAAUAAGAUGGGAGGCUACAAGCCUCGCAACGAGAGCGUGGAGGAUCCACUCUCGGUGGCAUGACGUUCCAAGACGUGAUUGAUCCUCAACCGUCAAGCUAAUGACGAUAAAUUAGCGCUUGUUGG